GUGUUCUCUCCGGUUUACGAAAACCUUGUUCACACGCGCCGCCUUUCCUAUUUGCCGCCCCCCUGCCGCUCCCGAUCGUCUCCUUCGUAUCGCGAUAUUCGCGAUAUGAGCUUCGACGCGACGACGAAGACCGAGCGAGACGCGAAGAACGCGCGAGCGUGCUCGCGCACGGUCUCCUCCGCGGUUGCUCCUGUGCGAACAACGUGCCGGAACGACUCUUCGACGGGGAUCGAGGACCGCGUGGUUCAGUGAUCGGACGAUCGGCCGAGGGAUGUGAUCGAGAACACGGAGUGGUAACGAGCGAGUGGAAAUAGAAUCGCUCGAGAUGCGCUACGUGACAGCGCUCGCUGAGGGAUUCACGCGUGGCGAGAGAAACACACUUUGUAGGUUAAAUAUGGAACUAUAUCGUUCGAUUUACUAAGAAGCACAGAUGCGACCGUCACAAAUUGAGACAUCGUCAAUAAUUGGGAUGUUCGCCUUACGAAUAAUCAGUGAACUCGCGAUGGAUGACAGCAUCCGCGGUUGCGAAGGUGUCGGGCGCAUCGGCGCUGUGCCGUGAAAGAAGUUCCGAGCGAAUGCGCGAUCAGGGGAUCUGUAAGCCAUGCUCAGAAAUUCGUCAAAGCCAGCGAUGGCUUCGACCGAGCUCCCAGUGCCAGUGAGCCCUGGCCUCAGCGGCAGUGGCAACCCCUUAGGCUACGAAACGACACCUCGGCCACGCAAGAAGCUUUCCUUCAAAGAACCGGAGACCUUCAACUCCCUGAAAUUGCGCAAGCCGGUGCCACGGCUGAAGCUGAUUCACACGCAGAACAGCGUUAACCUCAGCUUCGAUGAGAAUCCCUUCGAGGAGGAGAACGACGAUCUAGAUGAGCUCGAGAGUCAAGCGAUGAGGGUGGUCAGAACAGUUGGGCAAGCUUUCGAAGUGUGCCAUAAGUUAAGUAUAAACAACACUACGGAGGAUCGCGAUCGAGGAGACAAAGACGGGGAGAAUCACGGUGAAAAUUACGGUGAUGUUUACGAGGACCAAGACGAAAUUCCUAAUGAGCAAUCUCAGCCAUCUCCGUCACCGGUGCAUAAAGACAUAUCACUGUUAGGGGACACCGAAGAUUCGGUCCCCGAACAAACGUCCGUUACCUGUCUACUUCGAUCACACGAUGGACCGGCCACAACAACCUCUACCUCACCAAUUAGACAGUCGCCAUCGGGCACGGUGACCUCCGAAUGCGGAGGUUUAUUGGUGGGAGGCGAAUUAACAGCCUUGAAACACGAGAUACAGCUCCUACGUGAACGUUUGGAGCAACAGAGUCAACAAACCAGAGCCGCCGUUGCCCAUGCGCGACUUCUUCAGGAUCAGUUAGCGGCGGAAACGGCGGCGCGCGUCGAGGCUCAGGCGAGGACACACCAACUGCUAAUGCAAAAUAAGGAAUUGCUAGAGCACAUAAGUGCGCUGGUGAGCCACCUGAGGGAACAGGAGCGUGUUUCCGGUGGUCACGUCACCUCGCAGUCGCAAAUACCGACGUCCGCGACAAUGAACCAGCAGAACGCGGCGGCUUCCGACUUAUCGAGCCUCGGCCAGUGCCAGCGAACCGGAGGCCAGAGCUCACCGUGGGAGCUGGACCCACCGACUUUUCCAUACUGCUCGUAUCCAACGGAAUCGCUUUAUUCCGGGAGUCUCGGCGCCAUGGGGAUCCAGAGUAACAAUGCCUCCGCGGACCAACUACAGUUCCAGACGCAGCUGCUGGAGAGACUGCAUAACAUAAGUCCGUUCCAGCCCCAGAGAUCGCCCUACAAUACGCCGUCGCCGUACGCGAUGGGCCCCAGUUUGCUUCUACCUCCUAGUGGACCAUCGAAUUCAGCCCAGCUCUCUCCGAGCUCCGCGUCUCUACGAGUCUCUCAAGCGAACAGCUUCACCUCAUCGCCGGUCAUGGCUCACAAGCUGGACAACUUGCUCGGGACGGACGGCAUGGACGCGCAGCAUCCCGCAUUCAUAAGGCCCUUGCCGUGCACCAACGACAGGAACGUAGCUCACGCGUUGGCCGACGCUAAAGUUAAGCAAGAACGCUCGAAUCCUCAGGACGACAUACCUCCGAUAGUUCUGGACCCUCCGCCGCUGAAUAAACGCUCGGACAACAGUCUGUCCAAGAAAGCCAGCACGAGGCAAAGCUCGAUGGCUCAAGGGAUGGCGCAGGACGGCAAGAAUCCUACGAAGAAUCUGGCGACCAUCCUGCGGACUUCGGGCCCGCCGCCUUCUCGCACGACGAGCGCGCGAUUGCCGUCGCGCAGCGACCUGAUGAGCGAAGUGCAGCGGACGACUUGGGCACGCCACACCACCAAGUGAGAGCGGACGCUCGGGUGGCCACCGGUCAACGAGGCUAAUGAUUUUGUUAGAAUUGGGAUGAAAAGAAUGAUGCUGCUGUGUCGAGGUGCAUCCCAUGUUAGUUAUUAAUCGUGAGAAAUUACGCGUGGUUUGAAAACCUCUAAUCUAAUGGAUCUAACAGGGUUUGCAUUUCCUUCUCGGUCGCGAAAUCGCGAAUCCCCCAAACACGUCAUGUCUAGAGAGAGAUUUCUCCGGGUAAUGCUAAACGAUACCCCUGCCGAUUGCUUAGGAUUGGAUUAGGCGGGAGGGGAGCGAGCUCGAAAUCCGCGAGAUACGAAGAAUUUAGAAGAUAUCUUUUAGAGAACACCUUUUACAGAGUACUUUUAUCGAAGCUUUAGGCACGAGUCGGAUGUCACUCGGCGAUAGAGUCUGGUGAUAUCACUGUAGAACGAUGGAUAAUGACGUACAAUACGGUGUGACUUGCGCGCGCGUCACGAAUGUGAAAAUUGCGGUAUGUCGACGGAUAUUGUAAAUUCGUCUCUAUCUCGUCAUAUAACAACAUUUGCGGGGUGUUUGCGAGAGAGCCGGGAGACAGUAGUAGUCGCGCUCGGGGAAAACUGUAGAUUUAUAUCUCACGCACGUCUCAAGCAGCCCCAGGGACAAAUCGUAAAUACGUAACUCGUACGUUUAUUCGUAUCGCGGCGUUUCUAAGCGUACUCUCCCACACGUGUACAAGAAUCGUCAUCUAACGAACGAACGAACGAAUCUGUGCCAAAAGUACCAAUCGUCAAGAGAGUUUAUUUUCAGUAUAUUUUUAAGUAUUGUAAAUAAGAAUACGCGUGAUCACACAGUUUGUGAUAAAUAUAUAUAUAUAAAUAUAUAUAUAUUUACUAUCUCUCAA